CUGAGAGAGCGGUGCAAUGAUAAAAGCCGCAUAUGCGGUAGGCUACACACCUAUCAGACAGGAAAAUACCCAAGAAACAGCCUCACCCCGGUUCUCCUCGCACCACAGCCUUAUCCACGACUUAGAGCGGAACCUGAAGUGCCAGUAGAACCAUGACCAAGCCAGUGGGGGGUGGUGCCAACGAUGUCACCCGCUUCCUUUCAUCAGGGGCGGGGCCAGGAUCUCCCACCUCCAAUUCUGUAUUCUCUGCUGCCAGCCAGGCCGACUGGGCGGCAAAGAGGCUGGUGUGGGUGCCGUCAGAGAAGCAAGGCUUUGAGUCGGCGAGUAUUCGAGAGGAGCGUGGCGAUGAGGUGGAAGUUGAGCUCACAGACAGCCAGCGGCGGGUCACGCUGUCCAGAGAGGAGGUGCAGCGUAUGAACCCCCCUCGCUUCAGUAAAGUGGAGGACAUGGCCGACCUCACCUGCCUGAAUGAAGCCUCGGUGCUGCACAACCUGAGGGAACGAUAUUACUCUGGCCUGAUUUAUACAUAUUCAGGGCUGUUCUGUGUGGUGGUGAAUCCCUACAAGAACCUGCCCAUCUACACAGAGUCCAUCGUGGAGAUGUACCGAGGCAAAAAACGCCACGAGAUGCCCCCGCACAUCUACGCCAUAUCAGAAGCUGCCUAUCGCAGCAUGCUACAAGACAGAGAAGAUCAGUCAAUCCUUUGCACAGGCGAGUCUGGAGCUGGGAAAACAGAGAACACCAAGAAAGUCAUUCAGUAUUUGGCUCAUGUUGCCUCCUCCCAUAAAGGUGGCACUCUGGGUAGGAAUAAGGAAGCUAUACAGAUGGAUGGUUCUAGAUCCUUAACAAGAGGCAGCACUUUGGUGAACAGGGGGGAGCUGGAGAGACAGCUGCUGCAGGCCAACCCCAUCCUGGAGGCCUUUGGCAACGCAAAGACUGUCAAAAACGACAACUCCUCGAGAUUUGGUAAAUUCAUCCGCAUCAAUUUUGAUGUUGCGGGGUACAUUGUUGGUGCCAACAUUGAGACUUACCUCCUUGAAAAGUCCCGGGCCACGCGGCAGGCCAAAGAUGAGAGGACUUUCCACAUCUUUUACCAGCUGUUGUGUGGAGCUUCACAAGAAACAAGAACUGACCUGCUCUUAGGAACUGCUGAUGAGUAUCGCUUUCUCAGUGGAGGCUCCAUCCCUGUUCCUGGUCAGAGCGAUUCAGAGAACUUCACACAGACUAUGGACUCCAUGGCCAUCAUGGGCUUCACUCCUGAGGAGUCACUGUCCAUGCUGAAGGUGAUCUCUGCUGUGCUCCAGUUUGGGAACAUUUCCUUCAUGAAGGAGAAGAAUCAGGACCAGGCCUCCAUGCCUGAUAACACAGCUGCUCAGAAACUGUGCCAUCUGCUGGGCAUCAAUGUGCUGGAGUUCACCCGAGCCAUCCUCACUCCCAGGAUCAAAGUGGGUCGAGAGUACGUGCAGAAGGCCCAGACCAAAGAGCAGGCUGACUUUGCUGUGGAGGCUUUAGCUAAGGCUACAUAUGAGCGUCUGUUCAGAUGGCUGGUGCACAGGAUCAACAGAGCUUUGGACCGCAGACAGAGACAGGGAGCCUCGUUCAUAGGAAUCCUUGAUAUCGCUGGAUUUGAAAUCUUCCAGCUAAACUCUUUUGAGCAACUGUGUAUCAACUACACCAAUGAAAAGCUGCAGCAGCUCUUCAACCACACCAUGUUCAUCCUGGAACAGGAAGAAUACCAGCGCGAGGGCAUCGAGUGGAACUUCAUCGACUUUGGCCUCGACUUACAGCCCUGCAUCGACCUCAUUGAGAGACCAACUCACCCGCCUGGUGUUCUGGCCCUGCUGGAUGAAGAGUGCUGGUUCCCUCGGGCAACAGACCGCUCAUUUGUAGAGAAACUCUCCGCUGAGCAAGGCAGCCAUCCAAAAUUCUUCCGAUCAAAGCAGCCGCGUCAUGAAGCUGACUUCUCCAUCAUUCACUAUGCUGGAAAGGUGGACUACAAGGCCGCUGAUUGGCUGGUGAAGAACAUGGAUCCUCUUAAUGACAACGUGGCCUCGCUUCUGCACCAGUCGUCUGAUCAUUUUGUGUCAGAGCUUUGGAAAGAGGAUAUUCAAACUCUUCCUCGUGUGUACUUCUUUGACUCCUAUGCCACAAUACAGGCCAAUGGCUCCGACAUGGACAGGAUCAUAGGUCUGGACCAGGUGUCAUCAGGAGAGAGCAGCGGGCCUGUCACUUUCGGAGCUGCGGGUCUGAAAACAAAGAAAGGGAUGUUCAGGACUGUCGGUCAGCUUUAUAAAGAGUCUCUGACUAAGCUGAUGGCCACGCUGAGGAACACAAACCCAAACUUCCUGCGCUGCAUCAUCCCCAACCACGAGAAGAGGGCGGGUAAGCUGGCUCCUCACCUGGUUUUGGAUCAGCUGAGGUGUAACGGAGUCCUGGAGGGGAUUCGUAUCUGCAGACAAGGUUUCCCUAACCGCAUCCCAUUCCAGGAGUUCAGGCAGAGAUAUGAGAUCCUGACUCCCAAUGCCAUACCUCGCACCUUUAUGGAUGGCAAACAGGCAUCAGAACUCAUGAUUAAAGCUUUGGAGCUGGAUCACAACCUGUUCAGGGUGGGUCAGAGUAAAGUCUUCUUUAGAGCUGGAGUCUUGGCUCACCUGGAGGAAGAAAGAGACCUGAAGAUCACGGACACCAUCAUACGCUUCCAGAGUGCAGCCAGAGGUUACCUCGCACGCAAAGCCUUCUUGAAGAAACAGCAGCAGCUCAGCGCUCUGAGGGUGAUGCAGAGGAACUGUGCUGCUUACCUCAAACUCAGGAACUGGCAGUGGUGGCGUCUGUUUACAAAGGUGAAGCCCCUGCUGCAGGUGACCCGGCAAGAUGAGGAGAUCCAGGCUAGAGAAUCCCAGCUCCAAAAGGCCAAAGACAAUCUCACCCGAGUGGAGCAGGACUACACAGAGCUGAACCAGAAGCAUGCUCAGCUGAUGGAGGAGAAGGCGGUGCUGGCCGACCAGCUGCAGGCAGAGGCAGAGCUGUUUGCGGAGGCAGAGGAGAUGAGAGCCAGGUUGGCAACUCGAAAACAGGAGCUGGAGGAGGUGCUGGGCGAGCUGGAGAGUCGGCUGGAGGAGGAGGAGGAGAGAGGGGUGCAGCUGACCAAUGAGAAGAAGAAGAUGCAGCAGAAUAUACAGGACCUAGAAGAGCAGUUAGAGGAGGAAGAAAGUGCACGACAGCGCCUCCUGCUGGAGAAGGUGACUUUGGAAACCAAAGUGAAGAGUUUAGAAACAGAUCUGAUGAACACAGUGGAGCAGAGAGACCGACUAGGCAAGGAGAAGAAACACCUUGAGGAGCGUUUGAGUGAAGUGACUGAUCAGCUCACUGAGGAAGAAGAGAAAACCAAAAGUCUUAACAAACUAAAGAACAAACAGGAAGCUGUCAUUGCUGACCUUGAGGAGCGCCUGAAGCGUGAGGAGCAGGGACGCCUGGAGCAGGAGAAGUGGAAGAGGAGGAUGGAGAAUGAGUCUGUGGAGGCCCAGGAGCAGCUGUCAGAUCUGGGCAUGCUGAUGUCUGAGCUGAGGGGCAGUCUGUCUCAGAAAGAGAAGGAAAUCACCACCCUGCAGGGCCGAUUGGAGGAAGAGGGAGCACGUCGUACAGAAGCUCAGAGAUCUCUGAGAGAGGCCAUGUCCCAGGUGUCAGAGCUGAAGGAGGAGGUGGAUAAUGAACGUGGGAUGAGGGAAAGAGCAGAGAAACAGAGGCGGGACCUUGGGGAGGAGCUGGAGGCUUUGAGGACUGAGCUGGAGGACACUCUGGACACCACAGCUGCCCAGCAGGAGCUCAGGUCUCGACGUGAGGCAGAGUUACACGACCUCCAGCGAUGUGUUGAAGAGGAAACUCGCCGUCAUGAGAGCCAGUUAUCAGAACUGAGAGUCAAACACAGUGCUGCCAUAGAUGGCCUUCAGGAACAGCUGGACAACAGCAAGAGGGCACGUCAGUCUCUAGAGAAGGCCAAAGCCAUGCUGGAGGAGGAGAGACAAAAUUUGACCUCUGAGCUUAAGAGCCUCCAAGGAAAUCGUACCGAGAGUGAGAGAGGAAGAAAAAGGGCGGAGGGUCAGCUACAGGAGCUCAAUGCCCGACUAGCUCAGGCUGACAGAGAGAGGGAGGAGAGGGAGGAGCGGGUGCACAAACUGCAGUGUGAGAUUGAGUCGAUCUCCGGCAGUGCGUCAAACUCUGAAACCAAAUCACUUCGGCUCCAAAAAGAGGUCAGCAGCCUGGAGAGCCAGCUGAACGAUGCAAAGGAGCAGCUGCAGGAUGAAACCCGUCAGAAGAUGGCUCUCAGCUCAAGGGUGCGAGCUCUGGAGGAAGAGAAGAACGGGCUGAUGGAAAGACUGGAGGAGGAGGAGGAGAGGGUUAAAGAGUUGAAUAGGCAGAUUCAGACUCACACCCAGCAGCUUGGAGAGCUCCGUAAGCAGUCGGAGGAGGUGAACACUGCAGUUGAAGCAGGGGAGGAGGUGCGCAGAAAGCUUCAGAGAGAGCUGGACAGCACCAUGCAGAGGGAGAAGCAGAAGGAGGAGGAGAAGGACAGGGUAGAAAGGCAGAGGGAGCGACUGCGUGAGGAGAUAGAGGACAUGACGCUCGCCCUGCAAAGAGAGCGACAGAACUGCAUGGCCCUGGAGAAGAGGCAGAAGAAGUUUGACCAGUGUCUGGCAGAGGAGAAGGCGGUGAGUGCUCGGCUGGCAGAGGAGAGGGACAGAGCAGAGGCAGACAGCCGAGAGAAGGAAACAAGAUAUCUGUCACUUUGCCGAGCCCUGCAGGAGGCUCAAGACCUGAGGGAAGAGUUCGAGAGGGCCAACAAGCAGCUCCGUUUGGAGAUGGAGCAGCUUGUGAACCAGCAGGAUGACGUUGGCAAAAAUGUCCACGAGCUCGAGCGGACCAGGAGGACUUUAGAAUCAGAAGCUCAGAACCUGCGGGUUCAGACACAGGAGCUGGAGGAGGAGCUGACGGAGGCGGAGAACUCAAGGCUGAGGCUGGAGGUCACCCUGCAGGCACUCAAGGCUCAGUUUGAAAGGGAGAUCAGUAACAGUGAGGAGAAAGGAGAAGAGAAGAGGAGGGCGCUCAGCAAGCAGGUAAAAGAGUUAGAGAUCCAGCUGGAGGAGGAGAGGAGUCAGCGCUCUCAGGCCGUGUCAUCCAAGAAGCAGCUGGAGGCAGAGUUGCAGGACUCCGAGGCCCAGGUGGAGACAGCCACCAGGGGUAAAGAGGAGGCUGUAAAGCAGCUGAAGAGGCUGCAGGGUCAAAUGAAAGAAGCUCUGCGUGAGCUGGAUGAGACCAAGCUGUCUCGGGAUGAGGUGAUUGCACACCUGAAAGACAGUGAAAAGAAGAUCCAGACACUGGAAGCAGAAGUCCUGCAGUUCACUGAGGAGCUUUCUGUGUCCGAGAGGCAGAAGAGACAGGCUCAGCAGGAGAGAGACGAUUUGGCUGAUGAGAUGGUCAACAACAGCACAGGAAAAGCCACGCUGAUUGAUGAGAAGAGGAGGUUAGAGGCCCGAGUGAGUCAGCUGGAGGAGGAGCUGGAGGAGGAACAGAGUAAUGCUGAGCUGCUGGCAGACAGACUGAGGAAGACUGCUCUACAGGUGGAGACUCUGACCGUGCAGCUGCAAGGAGAGAGGACUCUGGCCCAGAAGGCGGAGGCCUCUAGGGAGCAGCUGGAGAGGCAGAAUAAGGAGCUGAAGACCCGACUGGGAGAGAUGGAGGGAGCAGUAAGGGGGAAACACAAGCUCAGUGUCGCCGCCUUGGAGGCCAAGAUAGAGUCGAUGGAGGAGCAGUUGGAGCAGGAGCGACAGGAACGAGCUAUUGCAAACAAGCUGGUGCGAAAGACGGAGAAGAAACUGAAGGAGGUGAUGAUGCAGGCGGAAGACGAGAGGAGACAUGCAGACCAGUACAGAGAACAGCUGGAUAAGUCCAUGGUGCGCCUGAAGCAGCUGAAGAGGCAACUGGAGGAGGUGGAGGAGGAAAACUCUCGCUCUAACGCUCAGAAGAGGAAGCUGCAGAGGGAGCUGGAGGAGGUCACCGACAGCAGCCAGAGCAUGACGCGAGAGAUCACGUCUCUCCGCAGCCAGCUCAGCGUCCCAGAUUGGAGGGCAGAUAAACGAGUCCCCUUGCCCCUGGCCAUGCGUGGACGCAGAGCGCUGGUUGACGACCUUUCCUAUGAGAACUCGGACUCAGAAGAGCCCCCUGCCUCACCCACCCCCUCCUCUGGACUCCCAGGGACCCCGACACCCUCCUCUGAACACAGUCUGGACCCUCCACCGCCCUACAGUGUCAACAACACAGAGUGACACACAUAGACCCAGCUAAAUCUAACACACGUACAUAGACACAGGCAACGGCCUCUCACAGCCUCGAAUUCUCAGGGGUGAAAGAGCGACACACACAAAACAAACAUGCAAACACUUGUUCUCUAAGUCAUGUAGGAUGCAAACACAAGGCGCUUUAACCUCAGUGAAAAAAAUGUAAAAAUUAGAUUUUACAAAGACAUAACAGGAUGGAGUUUGGUUUUGUAACAAACUGGGACAUAAAAUAACUGACUGGAAAUUUCUACAUCUCUGUAAUUAACUUCUGAGAAACUAAACUAAAUCUCCCAGAGUUCCAGUGGGAAAGGGAAUAAUUUUCAACUAAUUUCACAAUGCUGUACAGUUAUUAGAUAACAUAAAAAACAUUACAACAGUGACAUCUUUUACAGAAGAGGGUAUUUCAAAGCCAUGUUUGACUCUUUGGUGAGGGUCAGAUAUUAAACCUGGUUUUAAAAAUGGUGAACAUACUUUUAAAAGGUGUUAAGACAAUCUAUAUACAUGUAACAUAAAGCAGUUGACAAAGACACACAUGGAGUAAAGACAUUUUGUAUGUCAGUUUUUAUCAAAAACAUAAAUGAGAAACUUUGAAUAAGAAGACUAAAAGAUGAAACUGUAGAUGGCAGCCAGUAGAAAGACUGGCAGAUUUAUUAGAUGGCUUAGCAAUAGAGAAAUGAGAAUUAGUUUAAAAAAAAAAAAAGCUUUUACUGGAGAGAAACCACACUAACAUCCAUAUGAUCCCAUUUCUCUGUGUUUUCUCAGAAGUGGGGUUUCCAUCAUGAUGUAUCAGAAAAUUUAAAUGAUUUUUAGGAAUCUGGCAAAAGGAAAUGAGAAUUUAUGCGUGCUUCCUUCCACUAGUGUUGUGCGAGUAAUAGAAGACAAUAAGUCAAGCAGUAAGCAGCACUACUGUUAAAAAAAAUGAAAACAAAACACUGCAGAAGAAGAAGGCUUGAACACUGCAUUGCUUUAUGUUUGAUAGCCUUUAUCUUGGACGCUUUUGAAGAGAUUAACAAAAUGAUGGAGGAUUUUAUGUGAGGACAAAGAGAGUUUUGAAAACCUUUUUCUAAACCUACAGGUUCUUAAGAGUUCUAAAAACAGCACUGGGUGCUGAUUUAAUUUCGGUGUUAAUCUAAAGACAUCAUUGUUUAUUUGCUACAUAAAUGAGCUUCCACUGAAAAAAGUCACACUUUCUAUGGAUUUGCCAACUACUCCACUUCCUCUAGUCUUCAGUUUUUUUGUUAUAUUUCAAAAUUUAUAGGGUUUUAAGUCAGUUUUUUUUAUGUCAAGUUGAAAAUGUACAUAAAGGUUUGUGGAUGGAAACCCCACUACUGAGACUAACAGCUGACCUUAAAAAGCAGCCUGGAUGAAGCUCAGCUGUAUUAAAGUAAUAUGAAGUGAAAAAUCCUUUAAUCGUAGAUUAGAACCAGUUUGUUGUUAGGUACCUCAGUAGGUAGUAUUAGAUAGUUUCUUCAACUAAAGUCUAAACAUAUGGCUUCAAAAUUUUGUAUCAUUUAUAUCCAAUGUGAAUUGAGUCAUGGGUUAUUUUCUGUAUGAAGCAUGUUCGUCUGAGUAUUUCAUCACAUCAUGAUAGACUCAGUCUGCGUCACAGCAUUGGAUCUUAGAGGUAAAGUAGCAAAGGCGUCAUUUCUGAUGAAUAGCUGGUUAAAAAAGAAGCUCUGAUUUAAAGAUUAACCACAGCCGUGGAGAACUUAAUAAAUCCAUCUUUUUUAUCCAAAUCAGGACUAAUUGUGACACCAGAUAUUUUUUUUUAUUUCAGACUGACAAACACAUGACUUUUUGACAAGCAUCUUGUACAUUGUAAUUUUUACUGAGUAACUGUGUAAAUUAUUGAUCAUCAAAGCUUUUUUGUUUUGGGCGUAUGGAUGAGAAAAAGGGACUUAAAUUAGUAGUAGAGUAGCAGUAGAACAAAGUAGACAGCUGAAGCAGAGGCUGCUGAGUUUUUUUCCUAUCAUCCAGUGACUCCACUGGAGUUUAAUUAGUAGAAUAAACUCAGUCUCUGCUCACUGUUCAUGUAGAAAAAGUAGAAUAACUGAGCAUGAGACUCAAAGCAUUUUCAGAUGCUAGUAGAGUUAGAUAAAAAAAAGACAUUUGAAGCAUUGAGGAAUGAAUUUUCAUGAAACAAACAGCAAGUAGAACAAAUGGUAGACUUUUUUUUACCCUAAAGACGUGUGUGGUGUCAACCAAUCUCACGCAGCUUGAUGACCCUGCUGUGAAACAAUGUUUUAUUGAACCCUGGAUUUCUUGUUGUAAAAUGUCUCCAUUUUCCUCAUCUUGUUUCAUUGAAAAUACAAUGGAGUUUUUUUUAUUUUUUAUUUUUAUGACCUUCUUCAGCACCUGUUUGCCUGUCAAAGCUUUGAGGCUGUCCAGGAACUUCAUGUAAUAUAAAAGGUUUUUAGCAAUUUUUUAAAGGAAUAGUUUAAUAUUUUGGGAAAUACUCAAAUAUUUACACCCCUCUUGUGCCUGCAUGGUACACAUAAAGCUUCAGCCAGCUGCAGGUUGGCUCAGUUUGGUAUAAAGGCUGUAAUUGGGAAAGCAGCUAGCAAGUAGCAGUGUCAUAGAAUCUGCCUAUAAACUCCCCUUAAAGGUGUACGAUGCAACCUUCAGAGCAGAUUUUUAGACCAAAACAAAUUUCUCUUUUCACCCUUUAGCUCCCCCCUUCACACACUUCUCUUCCCCCACCCGUCCUCAUUCUGAAAAGCAGCAAACGAGCGCUAGUAAACCCCUGAGUACAAGAUUGAGCAAUUUCAAGUGAUGAUAUACAUCCCAAAGUUGAUAUGGUUGGUUUCUGUUUGUCUUUUUAAGCCAUAAAAAGUAUUUUCUUUGGUUAGGAAAGCCUGCUGGUUCUUCUUCAGAUGUUCUCUUGCAACGACUCUCUUAUUCUACCUGUAGAUCAAGCAGCAACCUUUGAAGUUUGAAAAUCAAGCCAAUGCAGAGGUGCAAAAAUAUGCAGUUCCUUGAGUGUCCACUUGAGGGCGGCUGCAGAAUCACCAGAAUUCACAUACGCACCCCAUGUUAAAAUUCCAACAAAUUCACAGUGUGGUUCAAGAAUAAUUUUAUUGGAAUAGUUUAUUUUUUUUUAGAAGGAUAUAAUUUAUGUAUAAUUAGGGGUGUGGGUGACAUGAUAACAAGCCAACAUAGUGUAGCUGUUUGUCAGAGGGCUUAACAUCUGCCUCAGCUCUACCUCUUUAAACUCAACUAAGUUUGAGACAGCAUUUUCAAUAUGAAAGCCACCAGGGAUUAGCUAUAGGUAACCAAAUGGCUCAUGUAACUCAAGCUUUGUCAAAUACUUUCUAUAGCCUUAGCAGUGGUCAUCAACUUGUGGCUUAAGAGGCCUAUUUGACCCCUCAAUGACCCCAAUCUGCCCCCCAAAAGAUGAUUAAAUUCAGAAAAUGUUUGAAGGGAUAAAAGUUUUUUUUUUCAGGAAUUAUUUAUUAAAUCAACCCUAAGCCAUUAACAUUACAACAGUUUUGUCAGGGAUAAAUUUAAUCCACCUUUAAGUCAUUAUUUGUAAAUAUGAUGUAUGAUAAACACAUACUGGUCAGUCCAGUCCUGAUUAAAUCUGCAGUCUUCCAAGUUGUCCUGACUGAGAAUCAAAACAGCAGACCUGUUUUACGUCUCAUGUGAUUUCCACUCAGGAGGAAGCAUAUUCAGUGGUUUAGUGCAGGGUAUAUCCGGGUAUUCAGAGUAUAUCCACUUAUUUUUUGUCACAAGAGAGUGUACCCACUCUCCCUCUACCCACCCCAAAAAAGGAGUUUAGCCAAUUCUAAAGAGUGUAUAAAUUAAGAGUAUACCCACUUUUAAACACAACACUACACUACUGAGCAAAUUGGCAUCAAACCCAGUGGUUGACAACAUGGCAGCCCCAGAAAUAUGUACCUUGGUACAUAUACAGUACAGUCAGGUAAUUGUACCUGACUGUACUGUUGGGCAUUAGGUUGUGCAUGUUAAUUACACCAAAAUAUUAUGUUUUAUUACUGUUUAUUUGGAACUCUUGUCCACAGAGCAUCUGUUAACAAAAAAUGCUGGCCCUUCUACAAAUGUAGUUGAUGACCCCUGGUCUAUGGUGUCGACACAGCAUCCCUGAGGGGAUGAGACCAUCUUUCACCCCACUCUUUAGCAUUAACAAUUACAGAGGGAGAGGUUUAUGGAAAGAAAUAGAUGCAUGAAACAUGUUUGAGCCUCUGGUUAAAACAUACAAGCUGAAGCAUGCACCAUCCUGUUGUUGUGAACACAGAGCUGACAACAACAAACCAAUUUCCCCACAAUAUGUUGACAUUUAGUGUAUUUGAUUGUUUCAGUGUCAAAAUUCAGACUGUGGCAUAUAACGUCCUUAGAAUCAAGCUUUUUAACAGAAAGUUGUAGGUUUACUGCUUUUUGAACAAAAGACUGGAGGUAGUCGCUGUACCAGGCCAAGUAGUAAUCCAUCGUAUACCUCUGUAAAACAAUACAUGAUAUCUCUGAGUUUCUAUACGGAAUAAAAAUAGGAUAUAAAGUGCAACUGAAGAGCUUAAGGGGUUCUUCUAUUAAAGCUGUUAUAUCAUGCUAGCUGUUUCCCCUGUUUCCAGUCUAACUGUAACCAUAUUAAGUAACUGUGCAAAUAUGCCUUUUUCCCAAAAUAGGCUACUGUUUCUUUAACUAAGGAAGAAUGUCACUGGCGCUUUAAAUUGCAAUUGGAACUAAAGAAAGAAAAAGAUUGUGUUAAAGGAAAUCAAAUAUGUUGUUUCUGUAACUGCUAUGAAUGUUUUCUUUUUAUCCUGGUUACAUAUUUACAUACAUAUGGCGAGGAUCAUGUUGGUGUUUACCGUUGAUUACAUACAGGAGCGUUUCAGUAGUUUUCGGUGAACAGGGAUGGUAUGGCUGCUCCUUCUUCUUUCUUUUUUGUUUUAAUUGUAUGAAACAAAAACUCUGCACUGACCAAACAAGAACAGUAAGUGUGUACAGACCUUAUGUUCCACAUGUAUCCAUAUUUUCAGACAUUUUAAGCUCUUUUUGCCAUAUCAAGUUCACUAUGAUCACCAGUAAGUGUCUGGUGAAGAAAUAUCAAACCAGUCGGGUCAGGAAAGAGUUCUGACGAUGAGUAUGUAACACCCUAUUGAGGGGGUUUAUUUUUUAUUUUCUGAAUGUACAAUUAUUUUAUCUUAGCAAUAUGCAAAGGAUUUUAUUUGAAGCUUUGUUUUUUAAGAUAUUGUGUAAAAGCUGCACUUUACACAUCACAACUGGAGAUGAACACAGCCAGACAUCGACACCAUAUUAUGUCUGCUUUGUCAGGCUGUGAUUUCUCUCUCAGAGGCCGACAGCAUGAAGCCAAAUGAGCUAACAUCAUGUCUCCUCACUCUAUACUAUUCACUUUAAUGUUGUUCUAUCAAAAUGUCAUAUCAGCGUCCAAACACGGCGACUGUAAUCAUGUCUUUAUAGACCAAAAUCUGAGGACGUGGAUUUCAACUGCUGGAGCGAGAGCAGAUGAGCUCUGUUUAUGUGUAGCAAGAGACAAGGCCGGUGCUUCUCUGAGGUGUUAUUUUUCUCUCUGCGUUUUUUUUAAUGGCUACUGUGGAACUUGAAACAUUUGGAAAAAUGUGUUUGUUUUAUCCUUUUUUGUUAAUGAUGCUGUUAUUAUAAAACUUCUGA